CACGAUCGUUCAUUGGCACGUUCAUGAGCAAGGCCGGCUUCGGAAGAAGCUCGACGGAGGCCGUGAAUCAAGGUUGGUGAUAGCUUUGACCGACGUGAGCGCUUCUGGACGACUUUAUCGAUAGCUUCAGAUGGGACUAGGCCCAAUUGGUCCGGCGAAGAUCGCUCCAGUCGGACGACCACUUGACAGUUCCUCAGCGUGUUGUGCUGCAUCCUUGUACGUGCUCUAUCAUCGCGAUGGCCUCAGAGAGUGUCAAUGGUGAUAAUGGUUCGCCGUGGACCGAUGAGAAGAAGGUACAAUUCGAGAGUAAACCACAUAGCAAGUACUACGAUCCAUGCCAAGAAGCAGCCUCAAGAAGCUUGAAGUGUCUUCAAAGAAAUGCUGGAGACAAGAACAUGUGCGAGGACUAUUUCGAUGCGUAUCGUGCAUGUAAAAAGGAAUGGCUAAGGAAGAAAAGAGGUUUCGGACCAUGAUAUCCAAUUCAAAUCUGCCUCGACGUUGUCCAUACGACCCACAAACAUCGUUAUAGAACGUUCAAACAUGACGGAUAAAUCGAAGAGGCGAACAUUUUGCCACGAGGCUGAGCGUUCAAUAUGCGAAGCUCCUAGCGAGAGCGAAUCUAAGCUUUUGCUAUUUCGCGUGAUUGGCAAUCACCACAGGUGAAAAACGCGGUGAUAAUGGACAGGAAGGACAUCCUGCAAGCUGCAUGGCUUGCACGAAUUGAAAAAAGGAAACACUGGGGAAGGAUGUUAGGCUUGCAGUGAAUCUGUGUCACAAUGCACAGCAGUAAAGAAAAGCCAGAUGCAUUCGUAGUGGUGUUGAAAAUAGCAAUUAGAUAGCCUUGUCGCAAUGCAGUUCUAUCUCCGCUUCAA